AUGUUUGCGGGAAGGCCCUUAUAUAGCCGUUGGAUCCUCAUUUUUGCCCCCCUCCAUCGCAACCAAACCACUCUCCACCGCAAUUCCUUCGCGCUGCGCAAUCGCCGCCGAUCCGCCCUCCGCCCUCCACCGCCGCCGCGGAUCCGCCCUCCGCCGCCGACGCCCCUUGGCUGCAAGUACCUCCGCCGCUCCCCGUCCCCAUCCGCUCCGCUCCGCUCUCCCGGCGCUACCUCCGUUCCCGCCAUCAUGGCGCCCGUGUCGCGGCGCCCCUGUUUCCGGUUUGCGUUCGAUUCAGCUCUGUUCUCUGACAAGACACUCCGCCUGGAAGUGGUUUCUGCCGAUCCGGAUCUUCCAGUCUCGCGUAAGCGCCCCCGAGCUCGAGAUGAUGUCACUUCACCAGACACUGUAAAGAAGAGGCAAGAAGCAUAUGAAAGAAGGGAUGAGUCCAGUUUGGAGGAAAGUGAUGAGCCAGUUGGCUAUACAAGCAAAGGGCCUGCAGGGGUCAUUGUCAUUGGCAAUACAAACCCAGUGAAACCAAAUAAUAUCGAGGCCAAUGAUACGGAUGAUGAUAGGUUAGCUGAUUUCUCCAGGCAUGCAAGAAAGGCUUAUGUGAGGCUUCAAGAGGAAGGAAAGAUAGAUAAUGCUGGCAAAGGCUUAGAUAAUGUGCAGAAAACACCAGUCCCUCAGGUGCAACAUAUCCGAGUAUCCGCAAUGCUCCUUGCUUCUGAAAGUCAGUUUUUCCAUAAGCUUUUUACAAAUGGAAUGAAGGAGUCUAAUCAGAACGUAAUUGAACUACAAGUGUCGGAAGCAGAGUUGGAGCCGGUGCUGGAAAUAAUCAAGUUUAUUUAUAAUGGAGAAUUUAGCAAAUUGGACCCGAAGAGUUUGCUUGCAACUCUACUUGCUGCUGAUAAGUAUGAAGUUACAACAGCUAUCAGUGAGUGCGGAGAAUUAUUAUUGAAUUCGGAGAUGACACUUGGGACUGCUCGUAUGUACCUGGAUUUUACAACUACAAAUUCAGUACUGUCAGAAGCCUUGGGACCGCUGAAGUCUGCAGCUGGUGACUUCGUAGCUCUCAAAUUCAAGGAUGUUGUCCAGCAUGAAAAUGAGUUACUCCAAAUGCCCCUCUCUGUCAUCAGAUGUGUGUUCCUGAGUAGCGAGCUGAUUGUUCCUUCAGAAUAUCACGUUUACAACUUUUUGCUUAAGUGGGCCUCAGAGAACUACCCUGACCCGAGUCACAGCAGGGAUGUCUUCUGCAAUGAGUUGAUACAUCUUGUCAGGUUUAUGCAUGUGUCACUGGAUGGAUUAAGACAGUUUUUUGAGUGCCCUCUCAUGGCUGACGACAGAAAGCGAGUGAUGACCAUAAUUAUGAACGCACUUCUCUUCAAGGAUGACAACACAUGUUCCCGAGUUUGCAACUGGAAUUAUGACCCUAGGGUGUAUCUGACCAAGCCAGUGAAAGUUUCAAUUCUUCACCCAUAUGCAGAAGCCAUAGCUUACAUGGACUUGACCUUAGAUGACUGCUACCGCAUAAGUAAACCAGGGAAUACCAGCCGCAUCAAUUCAGAAGUCUUCACCUUCUAUGGACAUACGUUCUUCAUGAGAGUUGUUUGCAGGAUGGAUCCAGCUUCCAGCGCGCCCAUGGCACUCGGUUUGUUUCUUGGUACCAAUCAUCUGAGACAGACACCAGUUAAUCUGAAUGUUAACUUUGCUGUGAGGCAGCGGCCUUCUGGAGAUUUUUUCAAUAAGCUCAGAUUCAACCGGGGUUUUACAAAUGGCAACACCUACGGAAUGGCGGACCUGUUCUCGUGCCCGUGGGCGCAGCUAGUUGGCGACGGGAGCAUGUAUGUUAUAGAUGGCAGAAUCCACAUAAGAGUCAAAGUAAAGACUGGGGCUGGCUAGCUAAUGCAGGUUAGGUAGUCAGAAUGAUGUUAUCCAAGUUCUUUUUGAUUGAAAAAAAAAACUGUACAGUACAUUGAUUCUAUGUUGUUACCUCUUUUUGUACCUUGUCAGUUUCUUAGUUUCAGUUGUGCGGCUGAAUCAAUAAUUGGUUGUUCCCCGCAAACAUGUAAACACAGUUUUUGUUUUGUACCUUGUCAGUUUCUUAGUUUCAGUUGUGCGGUUGAAUCAGUAAUUGGUUGUUCCCCGCAGAAAUGUAAACACAAUUUUUGUUU